UCAGCUGCUCUGCUAAAGACAACAACAUGUCUACGAAACUGAUCCUCGUGGUGGGCGCCCUCGCGGCUGUGGCCUCCGCCGUCCCCCGUCCCGACUCUCCUCCCGUCUACGGCGCUCCUCCUCCGACCUACAAGCAGCCAGGAAUGCCCUUCGACUUCAGCUACGCCGUCAGGGACUACUCGGGUAACGACUACGCCCACGCCCAGACCAGCGACGGUCACGUCACCUCCGGAUCGUACAGCGUGGCUCUUCCCGACGGCCGAACCGAGAUCGUGGAAUUCACCGCCGAUCACGACAACGGCUACGUCGCCAACGUCGCGUACGAGGGGGAGGCCUCCUACCCCGCCCCUGCCCCCUCCUACCACCCAGCUCCCUCCUAUCACGCCCCCGCCCCCUCCUACCACCCCACUCCCUCCUACCCACCUUGCAGAUCGCUUGCAAAUACCUUGGCAAGAAACAACAAGCACUUACUCUCGACGGUGCUACUUGCAUUCACUGAUCGCAGAGAAUACAGCUGUAAGGCAGGAUGCGCUCUGGCUGUUCCUCAUAGGAAUCUGAUGCUUGUGUUCGGUGAAAUCUCUCCUGACAGACGUUUUCGCAGCAUCUUAAGGGACCUGACAAUCGAGGAUAUAAGAUAUAUCAAGUUGGAAAGAUAUAGCCUUUUUAAACAUAAUUUGUUGAAUUGCAAUGAUUUAAGGAACCAUCUGAGGCUGCUCUCUGGCGACGGAAUUAGAACGGCCCUUCCUGAAAUAUCCGGUGCUCGUGACGUCACAACUUCCAUGAUGAGUAUAAAAGGUCUUCCUCCUUCAACCGAACAUCACAGCUCACUCAGCUCCUCUGCGACCAACACUAACAUGUCUGCGAAACUGAUCCUCGUGGUGGGCGCCCUCGCGGCUGUGGCCUCCGCCGUUCCCCGUCCCGACUCUCCUCCCGUCUACGGCGCUCCUCCCCCGACCUACAAGCAGCCAGGAAUGCCCUUCGACUUCAGCUACGCCGUCAGGGACUACUCAGGUAACGACUACGCCCACGCCCAGACCAGCGACGGCCACGUCACCUCCGGAUCGUACAGUGUGGCUCUUCCCGACGGCCGAACCGAGAUCGUGGAAUUCACCGCCGAUCACGACAACGGCUACGUCGCCAAUGUCGCGUACGAAGGGGAGGCCUCCUACCCCGCCCCUGCCCCCUCCUACCACCCCGCUCCCUCCUACCACGCUCCCGCCCCCUCCUACCACCCCACUCCCUCCUACCCACCUCCCCCACCCCACCCACACCAAUAAAUCCCAUCCAUCCUCAGCGCACAGGCGGCUCUGCCAAAAGCUCCUUGCUCAAGAUAUAUCCAACGCCAAAGGAAGGACUUGCCAACCUCAAGCCAUACCAUAAAAAUCCACGCAGAAGACACAGGACAAAACCUAGGUGCUUCCUGUGCUUCAGCAGUAAGUGCCUCGUUGCUUCCACAUGGAAAUUCAUUUCAACAUAAACUGACUCGUCCUGUUUAUGUUUUCACAAUGGACGCGUCUUCUAGUCUCUGUAUUUUACUCUUGUAAA